UUAUGUCUGGCCCUCUCACCCUAACCCCCAAAUCUAUAGGAAAGCCGAAAGCCCUAGCUGAUAUCUUAUCUCACAAUUUCUCUUUGUUCUGUUUUUGAAAUCUUUGGUCUUUGAUCGUGCCGACUAGGUAACGAGUUGGGUGGAAAUCAUGGGCAACACGGAGAAGCUGAUGAACCAGAUUAUGGAAUUGAAAUUCACCUCCAAAUCCCUUCAACGCCAAGCCCGUAAAUGCGAGAAGGAAGAGAAAGCCGAGAAGCUCAAAGUCAAGAAAGCCAUUGAGAAAAACAACAUGGACGGUGCUCGCAUCUACGCUGAGAACGCCAUCCGCAAGCGAACCGAGCAGAUGAAUUAUCUGCGGCUCGCCUCUCGGCUUGACGCCGUUGUGGCUCGGCUCGAUACCCAAGCCAAGAUGAACACCAUCAGCAAGUCAAUGGGUAAUAUUGUGAAGUCCCUUGAAUCUUCCUUGACUACUGGUAAUCUCCAGAAGAUGUCUGAGACCAUGGACCAAUUUGAGAAGCAGUUUGUGAACAUGGAGGUUCAGGCGGAGUUCAUGGAGAGCUCCAUGGCUGGAUCCACUUCCCUAUCUACUCCCGAAGGGGAAGUCAAUAGCUUGAUGCAACAGGUGGCCGAUGAUUAUGGCCUUGAGGUUUCGGUUGGUCUGCCCCAGCCUGCAGCGCACGCAGUGCCCACUAAGGAGGCUGAGAAGGUCGACGAAGAUGACCUGUCUAGGCGGCUUGCCGAACUCAAGGCUAGAGGUUAAAAGUUGAAUUCUUAAUUGGGUUUAUGACUGCAAUAUAUAUACGUUUGCGUAAUCAUAGUGACUGGGAGUUUGGCCAUUAAACAUUAUCCUUAGAAUGAGUGAUUUGUGUAUAUCAAACUGAAUUUGGCUGAGUCAUUAUGCAGACUUUCCGUGGGCAUUUCGAUGCCCUUUGCUUAAUGCCAUAAUAUGGUUGGUUUGUGUA